AUAUAAGCUAUAGGAAACAGCGGGUAGUGUGUGUAGAAGCUAGAAAGCCUCGCUGGCGUGACGAGAUUUUCCCUGUUGUGCGGUAUGUGAAAGAAAGAACCUGGCUUGUGUUGUCUCUUCAAAUCAGAGCUGCAUUGGGGACAUGCCCUAGGGCGCACAAGGGAACAAACCAUUUCCGCCCUCCGCAGUAGGCGCCUUUAACUGAGACCUCGCCGAAAACUGUCACUCACUCACGCGCUCAAUGUGAGGGAUGGACUGCGAAAUCUUCCCCUUAGUUUAGCCUCUGAUUAUUCAUUUAUUUACAACAAAUACUUUUCUUUCUUGUCUACCAGAAGACCUUGACUGCUCAUCAUGAAUCUCAUCAGUUGUCUUCCACACGCUUUGUGCGCUUCCAUUUCUGUUCCUUCUCAGCACAGCUCACAGAGACGCACAGGAUGCUUUCCGCACCAGUUGCUUUCAUCAAAUUAGAUGGUCAGGACGGUGAGCCCAGAUGUAAUGAAUGGAUCUUCCUUCUAUACGCUUCAUGCUGCUUCUCCACGUGUGUACGGCACAACUCAUGAAUGACUGCGACACAUCCCUGUACUCAGUCUGCAACUCAACUUUAAAGACCUGAUGGAUUUAAAGAGGGUGCUGUCCUUCCCUCCAUAUCCAGGAGAAUACCUGCAUCCGGUUGUUUAUGCAUGCACGGCAGUUAUGUUGCUCUGCCUGCUGAUAUCGAUAAUGACGUACAUUAUACACCACAGGUAAAUGUUGCAUGUUGUCCAGUUAUAUAAAAACCUGUCAUUUGUAAAUAAUAAUGCUUUUCUUCAUGAGAUGUGUGGCUGUGGUGGAUUUGUAGUGUAAACAGUCUGCUUAAAAUAAUUGUGUUCCUAACGUUUAUUUGUGGGAGGUUAACAUAUUAUACGAACAGAACAGCUGAUUAUAUAAGUGUACGUUUACAUUGUUUUGCUCAAUAUUAAUGCUGUAAUGAUGUUCAUUAAAGGUCAACAGCAGACAGAUGCUUUAACCACAGCUGAUUGCAGCUGCAGUAGUAGCUAUGUGUAAUCCGAAUCAGCAGGAAAGGAUGGCACAUACUACUGAAUGUCCUUUUUCAUACUGCCAUGACGUUUGGGGUGUUUGCCGGAGGAAUCAAUCAGAUCAAGUACCCCAUUGUCUGUCAAGUGGUUGGAAUCAUUUUGCACUACUCCUCUCUCUCCACCAUGCUUUGGCUGGUGCUAACUGCCAGGAAUACCUGUAAUGAAGUCUCCAAGGCUCUACCAUUUUCUCAGGACAGAGAUCUUCCCCCACAGCCUCACCCUAAAUUUGCUAUAUUCAGAUUUUAUCUGUUCAGUAGUGGAAUCCCCAUUGUCAUUGUAGGGGUCACAGCUGCUGUUAAUCUGGAUAACUAUGGCAGCAGAGAUGAUGCCCCUUAUUGUUGGAUGGCAUGGGAGCCCAGUCUAGGAGGCUUCUAUGGACCCUCUUCAGUUCUAUUCCUGGUCAUGUGUUUGUAUUUCCUGUGCACAUUUGUGCAGUUGAAGCGGCAUCCAGAGCGUAAGUAUGAGCUAAAGGCCAUGACAGAGGAGCAGCAACGUCUGGCCACGGCAGAAAUCGGCCACUGCCCUGCUGCCAGUGGUGAACCUGGAGAACAGGGAGAGCAUUCAGGUUGCAUGGCCAUCACUGCCUCCAUGCUUGCCAAUGAGCACUCCUUCAAGGCUCAACUGCGGUCCACUGCUUUCACCGUCUUCCUUUUCCUAGCCACGUGGGCCUUUGGGGCAUUGGCAAUGUCACAAGGCCAUUAUCUGUCCAUGAUAUUUAGCUGUUUAUAUGGGGCAUUUUCAGUGACACUGGGACUCUUUCUGCUUAUUCAGCACUGUGCCAAACGGGAUGAUGUGUGGCACCGCUGGUGGGCCUGCUGUCCUUCUAAACCAAAAUUAGACGUGAAUGGAGAGACAGCAGGAAGCACUGAAAGUAAAAGUCACUUUGAAGGAAAGCGACCAUAUGCAGGUAAACCUUUACUCUCCCCUCACCUUCUCACAUCAUCACCUCACUGUAAUCCAAGCUCCCUGCCUACAGCUCAGAUUCCCAUGAGCCCAUGCUGCUCCACAUUGUAUAGCUCUUCUCUAGUACUAGAAGGCUCUGCUCAUUCUCUGUCUCUCCCUGAGGAGUUACCCCGCCCCUCCCUACCCCUGCAGAGCUGCCUGAAGGACAGGACUAAGUCUCGCUCAUUCAGUCGGCCACGGCCCUGCCUCAGGGACUUCACACUACACAUGACUUCGAGCAGCUUGGAUGGAAGUGUGCAGAGUUCCCACCUGGAUAGCCCUCACAGCAUGCACUUAGAAAAUCCCAUCACUUGUCAUACCUCACACUUGGAGAGCCGACUCUCCUGUCAAAGCCCUCAUUUGGACAACCAGCUGCACUGCACCAGCCCUAGCAUUCACAUGGAAAGCCACAGAACACAUCUGGACAACCAGCUGCCUUGUCAUGAGGGACAUACCUGCCAUACACACGUGUGUUGUGCUAAGGCAGAACCAUUAUCCAGCAUUUGCUGUCCUAAAACAGACGCUUUUUCUGGUGCUUCCCAAGGAAAAGUUACCAGCACAGCUUGCAUGAUGCACAGCAGCACCAAAAUGACCAAUCAAGAGGAGGACAUUAUGUUGCACUUGGAUAUUCCUCCACCACGGUCCACUAUGCCAAGCUCUCAGGCUACACUCAGCAGGAAGAGCACUCUCAGCCGGAAAGGAACACUGAGCCACAAUAGCAGCCUGCAUGAGGACUAUGUGUUUAUCCCUGAUUCCACAGGUAACAUUAGGACAGGGCCAUGGAAAAAUGAAACCACUGUGUAGCACUUCAUAAAUAUCCUAUUUCUUCCCUGAGCUAAACUACUACUAAACUACUGUGUAGUCCCAGGACUGUGAUCCAAAGCACCUCCGAAUAAAACUACUGUGUAGUCCUUCCACGUUCACCUGUGCACCCACCAAGCCUUCACUUAUUAACACUAAAUAGGACUUUGUAGCAUUGAAAACACAAUUUACUCUUCACCUUCAAUACACCUGCAUGAACCAUGUUUAUCUUUUUGUGCCACCUAAAAUAUGCCCAACAUACAUAAAUAUACAUUAAAGUGUUCUAGAGUGGGGUUACCAAAUGACUAAUGUGAGUGACUGUGUGUUUGAAUAAAUAUCUUUGUGUGUGUAUAUAUAUUGCCAGAAUAUCGGUUAAAAAAGUGUUGCAAUGAGAAACUUCAGCCAAACUCACACGUGUGGUUAAUAAAAACUCCGAACCUAUGGUGUAAGAUCCUGAUCAUUCUUGAUGAUGGCAUUAAUCUGACAGUUAUUGCUUAUAACGGAUAAUGUAGCAACAAAAAUACAACCUUAAAACCCUAAAAAGCAAAUAAACGAAUAGUCUUCAGUCUGUUACCAUGGUGACAGAUAAAAAAUCAGAUGUACCCAACCGGCAUGAUUUUUUUAUAUACUGCAUAUUUAGGCUUUUAUUUCUGCAAAUCAGCCAAAAUCUUUAUCAUUUGUUAGACUGUAAGUUUUGCAUUGAUCUGUUGUCGAACCAAGUUGUUGAACCUCGGCAAUUUUUAUAUUCUUCUUCUAGAGUUUUUCAGUCAACAUAUUACCAAAGAUUUAAUUCCCCAUGGUUUCUUCUUUCUUAUUUAUCAGUCUUAGACCAACUGAUUUUGUCAGUAAAUAGAUCAAAUUGGUACAGACGUCGUCAAGAGGGAAAAAAUUUAAACUAAAAUAAUAGUAAUAUUAAAAUAAUCCAAAAAGUAUAUAUAAGUAA